CUGUAGGAAAUAGCCGACUCAACACGUGAGACGUUUUCGUUUGCAGCGGAGGUGAAAAAAUCGCUGCGCUGCAGUCAGACGGAGACGACACCGCACCCCGAAUCUUCAGGCGAGAGCUAUGUCUGCGUUCGCAGCACCCCUACUGUUUACUAUUGAAAAGUGGUUUGAUUCUUGAAUCUUCGUCGCUUUCUCUAUGUGGGUUUAAAACUGACCCUUUCACCCUCGGAGCAAAAUGUCUGCAUUCAAGAUGGGUCCGGAGUGGCGAGAACCGAUCGAAAAUCUCGGACAUCACAACACAAUGGAGAUUAACAACCACUUCAAUCAUCUGCAGAGGAAAGGUAUAAAAUGGGACAAAUGUAUCUCUUCAGAAAUCAGUCCCUCGACGUUUGGCUCCAGUCCGACGUUGGCCAGCGACCACACAGAGGUGACCCCUGCCCUCCAUGAGCAGCAUCUCCAGUUCCAGCACCAGUUACUGCAGUUGAAACAACAGCAACAAAUCCAGCAGCAACUCUUGCUCCAGCACUUCCAGCAACAGCAACAACAGCUUGCGGAGCAGCAUGAAAAGCAACUGCAAGAGAGAAUAAAGGCUUGCAGCCUUUUGUCUGUUAGGACCUGGACAUCUUACCCUGCUCGUUGCCAUAGUCUAGAAUAUUUGGAGCAUCAAAGGAAAAUGGAAGAAGAACAGAAAGAAAGAAGAGAUAUGGAAAGAUUGGAGCAACUUAAAAAGAAGGAGAAACAUGAACAAAGUGCGAUUGCUUCUUCUGAAGUUAAGCAACGGCUGCAGGAAUUUGUGUUAAAUAAGAAACAGCGGGAAGCUGCUGUUAAUAGCACAACCAAAUCUCCAUCCAAUUACAGAAACUGGCAAGCUCUUCUUGGGAAAUAUGAUGAUGAUUUUCCUCUGAGAAAAACUGCAUCUGAACCUAACCUCAAAGUCCGCUCGGUCUUGAAACAGAAGGUCAUAGACCGUAGAAGUAGUCCUCUUCUAAGGAGAAAAGACAAGGGACCUGGACCUAUAAAAAGAAGGACACCAUUGUCAAUUGAUGGUAGUAAAUGUGAUAGCACUCCUGGUUCCUCGCCUCCUAAUGGAGCAACAUUACAGUCCGUAGCCGGUGUGAAUGGUCGCUCUACAAUUCAAGAAGAGAAUCCAACAUCUUUAUACAACUCUGUGAGCAGUCAAGGAAGUAUCAGUGAUUUCACUUUGUACUCUUCACCUUCUUUGCCAAAUAUAUCAUUAGGCAGACCACCUGUUCCGACUUCUACUGGGGAAAUAGGGAAAAAUGCUGCACCAGCUGGUUCUGAUGUGCAAGGACGAGACAUAACUGCUAUGCGACUAAGUAUGCCCUUGUCUACAAAUGUCCUUCAUUCCCUAGCAUAUUAUCCUGCUUUACCAGUGAUUGAUGCGGAUUUCACACCUCCAACAAGUCCAGGAUAUAUUCAACCAGCUAAGAUACUGGAUGGUAGCACAGGUCUUUCUUCAGGAAUGCUCAGAGUGUAUCCUGCAACCAUAACAGAUGCCCAGGUGGCUCAAGCACGAUUACACAGAACUAUACAGAGACCUUUAGGUAGGACACAAUCAGCUCCAUUACCUCUGGGUCAUCCAAUGCUACAACCUCAGGCUAUUCUUUUGUCACCUCAACAAAAUGAACAGUAUGCAAGAGAGAAAAGGCUUUGUGAACAGCAGCAACAUAAUCUGUUAAAACAGCAUAUUCGACAGACAGUUCUGACAAGAGCAAGCAGUAAAAACCAAGUAGAAAAUGUAGAGGAAGAAACUGAAGCAGCAAUGGCACAGGAAAUGAAAGAUGCUGGACAGCCUGAAGUGAUAGAUUUGACUGAAGGCAGAUCAAAAGAAUUUGAAACACCCCAACAGCAACGGGACCGUGAAAUGUUCCUUCAACAGCACAGAGAAUAUAUGUCAAAACACACGUUACAAAUAAGUGAUAGUUCGUAUAUGACAAGGCAUCAUAUGGGAAGACCUUUGUCUAGAACAUUGUCCAGCCCUCUUGUUGCGUUGAGUCCAAUUGGCAGUCCUCAAGAAACUCAAGUUCCUAGUCCACAUACCUUUACAACAGGUGUAGUAUAUGAUAGUUUAAUGUUAAAACACCAGUGUGUAUGUGGGAACAAUGGUCAUCAUCCUGAACAUGGAGGUAGACUGCAAAGUAUAUGGGCCAGAUUACAAGAAACAGGGCUUCUUAAUAGAUGUGAGAGAGUGAGGUCUAGAAAAGCUACUCUUGAAGAAAUACAAUCUUGUCACAGUGAAUCAUACACCUUACUGUUUGGAGCCAAUCCCUUGAAUAGACCAAAACUUGAUGCUAGUAAACUAGCUGAUCUUCCCAUGAAGAAUUUUGUAAUUCUCCCAUGUGGAGGAAUAGGAGUUGAUUCAGAUACAACUUGGAAUGAUCUGCAUACGGCUAGUGCUGCGAGAAUGGCUGCUGGUUGUGUGAUAGAGCUUGCAAUGAAAGUUGCUACAGGGGAAAUUAAGAAUGGAUUUGCCGUUGUCCGACCUCCUGGCCAUCAUGCUGAGCAUCAACAGGCUAUGGGAUUUUGUUUCUUUAACUCUGUUGCCAUUGCUGCAAAACAGCUUAGAGAAAAACUAAAACUGGAAAAAAUCCUAAUUCUUGACUGGGAUGUCCAUCAUGGUAAUGGACUUCAACAGAUAUUCUAUGAUGACCCUCAUGUGCUGUAUAUAUCAUUGCAUCGCCACGAUGAUGGCAAUUUUUUCCCAGGGACAGGUGCAACUGAAGAGGUUGGUACAGAUGAUGGUAUUGGAUUUAAUGUGAAUAUUGCAUGGUCUGGCAGCUUGAAUCCUCCUUUGGGUGAUGCUGAAUAUAUGGCAGCUUUUAGAUCUAUUGUUUUACCCAUAAUACGAGACUUUGAUCCUGAAGUAAUCCUUGUAGCAGCAGGAUUUGAUGCAGCUUGUGGUCAUCCUGCUCCUUUAGGUGGCUAUCGGAUUUCUCCUGCAUGUUUUGGAUUUAUGACACAACAGCUGAUGCAUUUCGCCAAAGGAAAAGUAAUUUUAGCUUUGGAAGGAGGGUAUGAUCUACCUGCCAUAUGUGAUUGUUCUCAGGAGUGUGUUAAAGCUCUUUUAGGUGAUGAAUGUACGCCAAUAAAAGAAGAAGAAAUGCAAAGGAAGCCUUGCCAAACAGCAUUUGAUGUUCUUCAAAAAACUGUUGCUGUGCAAGCGACUCAUUGGCCUUGCAUCAAGCGAUGGGCCCAUACCAUUGGUUAUUCGGCUGUGGAAGCUCAACAGAAAGAGAAGGAAGAGGUUGAAACAGUCACAGCUCUUGCAUCACUUUCAAUGGCAGUACCUCAUGGUCACAUACAAAGUGCAGAAACUAAAGAAACCGUUGAAAUUGAAGAACCCAUGGAAGAAGACCAAGAAAAGUGAACAUUUUAGAACUUUCUAGAUGAAAGUGAUUUUCCUGUGGACAAAUGGGCCAGUUAUUUCGCACAAAAUACUAUUUUUUCUUGUCAUUGUGGCUCUAGCAUCAUAACAUUCUUCUGCAAAUGUCCAUUGAAAAGCAGGCUUUUACCUCAAUAUUUGACAUCCUAGAAAUUUCUAGAAGAAAA